ACUUCCCAUCACAAUUUCUCGUUAGUGCAGUCAUAUUUGUAAAUGUAUUGUCUCAUUGCACUUGUACCACUACUCUCUUUAUGCAUAUAACUGUAUUAAUAUAUUUCUAAUCAUAUCUCUAAAUUAAUUGUACCGGUCAGGUAAGAAAAUCUUAGGAACUUUAUUCCGCACGUUGUUUCCAGAGGAGUAUUUCAAAGACGGACAAUUGUAGCCAGCGUGUGGUUUUUUCUUUUACUGUCUAUGGUUUUUUCCCCUUUUGUUACAGUUGUCACUUAUUAAGUUUUAACCGGUUAUCGGCAAUGGUGCGCUGUAUAAAACAAGCGGAAACUACAAAAGUAUAAAUAUUUGCGGCUUGUAAGUAAUUCAGACGGAUGUGUUGCUUUGGAAUCAUUACCGUGCAGCCAUGAGUGACGUGUACCUGAACCCUGCUUUACGGGGGUCGUAUUUACUAUGAAAGAGAUCAUUCAAGCCGACCGCUAGGAAGAAUGAGAUUGCAAGUUGCAAGCCAUUUGUGAUGGAAAGAGACAAAAGACACUGUUGCAGACUAGAAAUGAGAUGUUAACAUGUAGCUGACAUAGUCUCGAGCUCAAGCUGCAUCAGUGAAGUGGUACAGUGUUGCACAGAAAGACAAGAUGAUGUUCUCUUCACGGAGGAAACCUGUGCUGUAUUUCAAAGAUGACAGAAGUUUUCUUUCGAGGAAAUGCACCGUCUGGAAGCUCUUCGGGCUCUGCAUGCUGUUUGUCUCGGGGUCUCUUCUUUGGGUGCAGCUGACUUGUUCAGGAGACAUGAGCCAGACAGGGUACGGUCACCUCCCUCACCAGCCCUGUCCCGUCGAGAGACAGUCCUCGUCUGCUGAUGACCCUUCCUGGGGCCCUCACAAAAUGGCCCUCAUCGUGCCAUUCAGAGAGCGCUUUGAAGAACUGCUUAUAUUUGUCCCUUACAUUCACACUUUCCUCAACAAAAAGAAAAUACGGCAUAAAAUAUUAAUUAUAAACCAACUGGAUCACUUUCGGUUCAAUCGUGCCUCUCUUAUUAACGUUGGGUUUAUGGAAAGCGGUAAUGACACAGACUACGUUGCAAUGCAUGAUGUGGACUUGUUGCCUCAAAACGAGGAUCUGGACUAUGGUUUCCCGAAGGAGGGACCCUUCCACGUGGCCUCGCCAGAGCUUCAUCCCUUAUAUCAUUAUAAGACAUAUGUGGGAGGGAUCCUGCUGCUCACCAAGAAACAUUAUCAGCUGUGCAACGGGAUGUCAAACCGCUUCUGGGGAUGGGGAAGAGAAGAUGAUGAGUUUUUCAGGAGACUAAAAGCAGCUGAUCUUACGCUUUUUAGGCCAGCGGGUAUAACUACAGGAACUAAAACAUUUCGACACAUCCAUGAUCCAGCCUGGAGGAAGAGAGAUCAGAAGCGGAUCGCUGCACAAAAGCAGGAGCAGUUUAAGGUGGACCCAGAGGGUGGCCUGACUAACGUCCGCUACAAGGUGGAGUCCAGACAGGAAGUGACCAUCAGUGGAGCUCCAUGUACUGUCAUCAACACCUUUCUAGAGUGUGACGUCAGCCUGACCCCAUGGUGCCAGUCCAGCUGAUAUGCUUACUCAGGACUCGUAGAGCCAGAAUGAAACACAUUCUCCUUCUGUGGCAGCAGGAAGGCUUUCACAGAUUACUGGUGCCAGUCACACUUGAAAAGUCAAGCUGAUCGGCUAACCAAAAGCACUUGAAUAUGUGACUGUGGGGAAAGGACUUUUCUCUAAGUUUUAUUUUUAUAGGACAGUGUUGUCGGCUUCAUCCAUGAUGAAGCGCAGCCUCAUUUUUGAACUAAACUAUGGGCCAAUGUCAGGUACUGCACUGAGUUUGCAUCAUCAAUAUUUCGAGUACGAGCAUCCAGAUGUCCGAUUUUUAAUAAAGAUGAGUUUUAUAAUCUUUUAGUUGUAGCGGUGGCCUGUUUUGAACUGUUUCUCUUAGUGCAAUUGUGAGUAUUUGCUCAGCCAUGUCUUGACGGAAUUCUGAUUCUUUUUGCUUGAAUUCAAGAUCAUGUCAAUAUUAUGUAUAUGAAAGUUUUUUAGGGGGAACUUCGAUUGUAUUUGCACAUUAUUCAGUAUUUAUAUAAAAACGAAGGUCCCAUGUUUCAGAUGCAUGGAAUGCUGUUUCAAAUUCCACUCGCAGGAUUAUAUAUAGAUCUUAUGAACUGGAGGCAUGCAGCUAUAUCCAAAAAGCAUCUCUCAGUCAAAUGUUAAUAAAAUUCAGACUCGACAUACUUUUUAUUGGCGAUGCCUGAAAUUAAACUCUGAAUCGUUACUCUGUCUAAACUAAUUUGUUAUUGUGCCUGUGGCAACAAACUGCUGCACAACUGCACAGAACAUGUUUGACAUAAAAUAAAGAGAAUUUGAGUCUA